AUGUCGCCCGACGAUCCAACAAAGAAAAAGAAGAAAUCGGUGAAAUUCGCCGAGGAAGAGCCACCAAAAACCGAGGAAAAAUCGAAAAAGACGAAAAAUGGGAAGAAAAUCGAGGUUUCAGUGGAUUUGGGCGGUAAAGAUGAGAAAGAAGUGACGGGGAGAAAGAGGAAGCAACGACAGAAGAAAACUCAGGCGGAGAAAAGACAGAAACUGAUGGAAGGUUUGGUGGGUCCACAGGUGGAUAAGAUGGAUUUUGAAUCAGAGCACAAGACAUUCGCCGAUUUUGGACUCGACGAGCGGAUUUUGAAGAGCAUUGGAGAACUCGGCUGGGAGAACGCGACACAAGUUCAGGAGUCGCUGAUCUCGUUGGCGCUGGAAAACAAGAAUAUAAUGGGGCGAGCUCGCACGGGAUCCGGAAAAACUGGUGCUUUCUUGAUUCCGCUAGUCCAGAAAUUGAUCGCCGAAUCGAAAACGAACGACGGAUCGAUUGGACCGUCGGCGGUGGUCAUCGCGCCGACUAAGGAAUUGGUCACUCAGAUUUAUAAGCUUUUUGUGAAGUUGGCACAGGCGUUGCCGUUUUUACAGGCGAUUAAUCUGUGUGAUAUCAACGAGGAAGAGAACUCGGUCUGGCUGGAAGAUCAUUCGCACGUCGUCAUCUCAACACCUGGAAAAUUGCUCCGAAUGUGCUCAAUUCGUUCCGAAUAUUGUUCAUUGGUCCAAUAUUUGGUUAUGGACGAAGCCGAUUUGUUGCUGUCAUUUGGUUAUGAAGAGGAGAUGAUCAAAAUCCGCUCGAAACUUCCAUCGACAUAUCAAUGCGUAAUGACAUCUGCAACACUGAAAGACGAUAUGACAACACUGAAAAAAUUAUUCAUGACAGGACCAGUUAUCACAAUUAAACUGACAGAAGGAGAUCUUCCGAACUCGGAUCAAUUAACUCAGUAUCAAUUAACUUGUGGCUCCGACGAAGAACGAUUCGCGAUUCUCGUCGCAAUGUACAAAUUGAAAUUGAUCGUCGGUCGAUCGAUUCUUUUCGUCAAUUCUAUCGAUAGAUGCUAUAAACUUAUGCUGAUUCUCCGUGUCUUUGGACUGAAAUCGUGUAUUCUGAAUUCAGCGAUGCCCGCCAAUUCCCGAUGCCACGUCAUCAAUCAAUUCAACGAGGGCGCUUAUCAAAUUGUGAUUGCAUCGGAUGUCUCUGAUGCAGAUGGAUCGAAAUUGAAGGAUUUGGAGCCGGAAGGAACGGAGCAAAAAGAGAAGAAAUCGAAGAAAUCCGGAUCGAAAAAGUUGGAUAAAGAGUCCGGAGUGUCGAGAGGAAUUGAUUUUCAUCAUGUUUCGAAUGUUGUGAAUUUCGACUUUCCGGAGACAACCGAUGCGUAUAUUCAUCGUGUUGGAAGAACCGCCCGUGGAUUCAACAAAGGAACGGCGCUCUCAUUCUGCACUCCACAAGAACGUCCACAUUUGGAGACGAUUCAAGACGAAAUCAAUGCACAAAUGGGACGAAAAGUGCUCCAACCGUACGAAUUCCGUAUUAAAGAGUUGGAUACAUUCUUGUUGAGAACACGUGAAGCAUUGGCCAAAUGUACGAAAGGAGUCAUCAAGAAAGCCCGACUGAAGGAGAUUCGACAGGAGAUGAUGCGUUCGGCGAAUCUCCAAACAUUCUUCGCGAAAAACGAGCGUGAGAAGUUGUUAAUGCAAACGGACUGUCAUCCAGUAAUGCUGAAAAUCAACUCCCCAGCGAUCGCCGACGUCACUCCCUACAUGGUUCCAGAAGCGCUUCGUGGAAUGGAUUUCUCGGCUCCCGGCAACAAACAUCGUCGCUACAAUAUGGGACAGAAGCAUCGUCAAAAACUGAAGCACAAAUUCCAGAAGAAGGGAAAGGAUCCGUUGAAGACGUUCACCAUUUGA